AUGACUCUUUAUACCAUUAUUUUACCGACUUACAAUGAAAAAGACAAUCUUCCAAUUUGUCUUUGGUUGAUUAACAAACAUUUGACUGCUGCUGGCGUCAACUACGAGGUAAUUAUUGUUAUGCCAUGAAAUUCUAAAGCAUAAUUAAUAUUUUAUUAUAAGUUUAUUUUUUAAAUAACUUAACUUAUUAUACAUUCUUUAUAAAACAGUACUCUUUGGUUAUUGUCUUUUUACCUAUAUUGUUAUUUAUUCAAUAUUUAGGUAAUUGUGAUUGAUGACUCAAGCCCAGAUGAAACUUAUGAGGUAGCCAAGAAGCUUCAGGCUGAGUAUGGUGAAGACAAGAUUGUUUUGAAGAGUCGACCGGGAAAACUUGGACUAGGUACAGCUUACAGAGAAGGGAUCAAGUUUGCGAAGGGAGAUUUUAUUAUUCUGAUGGAUGCUGAUCUCUCUCAUCAUCCUAAGUUCAUUCCUCAGAUGGUUGAGUUGCAAAAGAAAGAUAAUGUAAGUAUAUUGUGUUAUUUAACUGUUUUUAGGUAAUAAUGUUUACUAUAUACGAAGGAUAUGUUACUGUACGUGCUAAUAUUUGAUUUUUUUAAUUGUAAGGCUUUAUCAUUGUUACACUAAGGUUGUCGAUGAUUUUGUUAAUUGCUUAUUUUUAGUACGACAUUGUCACUGGAAACCGUUACCUCUCUGGUGGAGGUAUCUAUGGCUGGGAUGCGAAAAGAAAGAUAAUUUCUUGUGGAGCCAACUUCUUGUCUCAAACUGCCCUUCAGAUCAGAACUUUUACUGAUCUGACUGGAUCAUUCAGGUUGUACAAGAAGGAAGUCUUGUCUGAUCUUAUCACCAGAUCUGUUUCUAAAGGAUACGUCUUCCAGGUAAGGUAGUUUUGUUUAGUGGUUUAUAUUUAACUCUAUGGGUAUUACAUAAGGUUAUUAAGUAAUGUUUAUAAAAAUGAUAUUUUUUAUAUCUUUUGCUUUGAUUUUGUUUAAAAAUUUUCCGUAUUUUAGAUGGAAAUGAUGGCUUUGGCAUAUCAUAAGUACAAGAUUGCUCAGAUCCCGAUCACUUUCGUCGACCGUGUCUAUGGAGAGUCCAAAUUGGGUUCAAACGAGAUCUUUGGCUUUGUCAAAGGACUACUCCACUUGUUCACUACCGUUCAUUAUUAA